AUGGACGUCCACGGCGCCCUCGAGCUCCCCGCCGAAGCAAAUCCGCUCACCGAGGGGCUUCUUUUUCACGUGCUCCGCUCUGCCGCAUCGAGCGAUCCGCACCAGAUCCAGACUGGCACAAAACAAUUGCAGAAAUGGGAGACGGAGAAAGGCUUCUACCCGCUGCUCCAAGCUGCCUUCAUCGACAAAUCCCUGCCAGUAGAGAUCCGCUAUCUCGCCAUCAUUCAGCUGAAGAACGGCAUCGAAAAGUACUGGAGGAAGACCGCCACGAAUGCGGUCAGUAAGGAGGACAAGACCGUCAUCCGAUCAAGGUUGCUGGAAAGUGGAGUGAACGAGGCCGACCAGAGGCUUGCAUUGCAAAAUGCCCUGGUCAUCGCCAAGAUCGUCAGAUUCGAGUUUCCACAUGACUGGCCAGAUGUCAUCAACCAAGUCAUCAAUCUCCUCCGCCAGUCGACGUCUCCGGGCGCCAAUAGUCUGUAUUUGCCGCGUACCCUUCUGAUCCUGCUUCACAUCAUCAAGGAGUUGGCCACCGGUCGCAUCACAAGACUCCGCUCCAACCUGCUGUCCAUCUCCCCCGAAGUCUUCCGCGUUCUUGGCCACAUUUAUAUGGACAAGGCCCAGAGAUGGCUGGCUUUCCUGCAGCAUGGUGGUGACGAUGAAGGUGGUGCGCUGGAGAGCAUCGAGCAAAGUCUGCUUGCCAUCAAAGUCCUGCGCCGAGUCGUGGUUUCCGGAUUCGAGUUUCCCAACCGCGAUUCUGACGUUCAGCAAUUCUGGGGCAUUGUCCGGAAUCAGCUGGGAGACUUCCUCGCAAUCACAUCUCAAGAACCGUCCACACUGUCGUCUCCCGUGAAAGACUUGGUUGAAAAGCACCUCCUGCAACUUGCUAAGUUGCAUCUGGAAAUGUCCAAAACCCACCCUGCCGCCUACGUUCUGCUGCCCGACUCCAUAAACAUUACAAAGGCGUAUUGGGGACUCAUCGUCAAAUUUGGCCAGAACUUCGGCACCAAGCAAGCCUCCGUGCACGGGAACAUCGGUACUGAUGGCGACGCAGAUGACGAUGAGAAAUCCAUCAUGGAGCGUCUUUGCCUGAAAGGCUUAUUGCUGAUACGGGCAUGUCUGAGGAUGGUGUUCAAUCCAGCACAAACCUUCAAGUACCGCCAUGAGCAAGAGAAACAGGAGAAAGCCGAAGCAACCCAGCUAGUGAAGCAGGAAUUUCUGGGUGAAGAUUUCGUGCGCGAAAUGAUGGAGACUGUGGUGACGCGCUACUUCGUCCUUCGGCCAAGUGAUCUCCGUCAGUGGGAAGAGGAACCGGAUGAGUGGGAGAGACGAGAAGACAUGGAAGGCGAUGAUAUCGAGUAUUCGAUACGGUCUUGCGCCGAAAGACUCUUCCUUGAUUUGGCCAUAAACUUCAAGACUCUCGUCACACCGCUUCUCCAGGUCUUCUAUUCUGUGGCUUCCCCAGACAACGAGAACAUACUUUUCAAGGACUCGGUUUACACUGCUGUCGGCUUGGCGGCUCCUGUUCUUCAUCACGAGCUCGACUUCGACGGUUUCAUCAGAUCGACGUUGGUACAGGAGGUUCAGAAGCAAAAGCCUGGUUACAAUCUGCUGCGCCGUCGGAUAGCGAUCUUGCUUGGCCAGUGGAUCACAAUCAAAGUGUCUGAUGAGACUCGACCCCUCGUUUACCAGAUUUUCGAUCAUCUCUUGAACAAAGAGGAUCCAUUGAAUGAUCAUGUUGUCCGUGUUACGGCCGGACGGCAAUUCAAGAACAUUGCCGACGACUGGGACUUCAAGGUUGAGGGCUUCAUGCCACAUGCCUCGAAUGUGUUGGACCGUUUGAUGGCUCUCAUUGGCGAGGUCGAGCUGAGCGAGACGAAAAUGGCGCUUCUGAAUACCAUCAGCGUUGUGGUCGAGCGCCUUGAGCAUCAUAUCACGCCAUACGCAAAUAGCAUCGUCUCUUUGCUGCCGCCUCUUUGGGAGCAGUCUGGCGAGGAGCAUCUUAUGAAGCAGGCAAUUCUCACGAUUCUGGCCCGCCUCAUCCACGCUAUGAAGGCAGAGUCGGUCCCUCUGCACUCCAUGGUCAUUCCCAUCAUCAAAAACACCCUCGAGCCCGGCUCGGACACACAGGUCUACCUUCUGGAAGACGCCCUCGAUCUGUGGCAUGCAGUGCUCAUCCAAACACCUGCACCAGCUUCCCCAGAGGUCCUCUCGCUUGCACCUUACCUCAUCCCCACGCUUGAGCUCGGUAGUGAAAGCCUCCGGAAAACACUUGAGAUUGCCGAAGUGUACUUACUUCUAGCGCCAAAUGAGAUGUGCUCUGAUCACCUUCGCACAUCGCUUUUGAAGUCUCUUGCAUCACUUCUGGGAGAGCUACGGCCAGAAGCUAACGGACUUGUCACCCACCUCGUGGAGGUCUACGUACGUGCCGCAGACCUUCUCGGCGGGGAGGCUGCCGUAGAGAUUCUGACGGCCGACAUGAUCCGGACUGAGUUCUUCACUGGUCUCUUGGAUGGGCUCAAGGGAGCCUGGGAGGCUCAUACGAAGACCGGUCCUAACGCUCGUGCUGCUGCUGUUGAUGGAAUUGUCGAGACCGACUAUUGGACAGUGAUUGCCCGCAUCGGCCUCGCCUCUAAUCGCGUGCUCCUCGGCGCCAUCGAAGCCGCACAAACCCGUACCUCGGCCGAUGGUAUGCAGGAUGCCGCCGAAGCGCUCGACGUGCGCAUGAAGUGGCUACUAGAGGAAUGGUUCGACCACCUGGACAAUAUCGCGGCACCAGUCAGCAAGAAACUGAUGUGCUUGGCACUCACGAAACUGCUUGAGACGGGCAGGGAAUGGAUACUCAUCAAGUUGCAAGACUUGAUGACGAUGUGGACCGACAUCGUCAUUGAACUGACAGAUGGCAAUGCAGAUCCAAAUGUCGACUGUCUGGUCUGGCAACGCGAGGAGCCGCCACCAGGGACCCCGGAAGCACCCGAUGAUGUUCGCCGCCGCGACCUCAUCUAUACCGAUCCUGUCCACAUCGUCAACAUCAUGCCAUUCAUCCGCGACCACCUUCACCAAGCCAUUACCGCAUGCGGCGGCCAGGAUAAGUUCAGAGACGAGUGGUUAGUUAAUGUGGACAAGGACGUGAUCGAGGCAUUUGGGAAGCUUGGCAUCAUGUAG